AGAUUGAAGACAAAAAAACAAGCUUGACAAACCAGAACUCGUGAUUGCAGACGAAAACACAGCUUAAAUUACUCGACCAAUGUUUCGUGCCAACAUGUUAGCAGUAGUCGUCUUCUUGUGUUGUGUUUCCGGUGCGUACAGUGUGCAAUGUAUGUCUUCAACGGGAAAACCAGUAGAUUGGUUCAUCAUUUACAAGUUGCCGGAGCUGAGGUCCAACAAGUCGAACCCGAUGCUCCGAGAUGGCUACGGCCACUUCUACAUGGAUGUGCUCAAUCCGUCAUGGCAGCUGUCCAAAAUGUCGAUGAAUUCUACCAACCACGCUGUCUACUACACACUACAGGCCAUCUACGAGUCCAAGCCGACUGAUGACUUCAUGUACCUGAUGUACAACGACGAUGACCCCAACGACCAGGAGUCCCUCAACCACGGCCACACGAAGGGUGUCGUGGCGUUUGAUAACAAGACUGGCUACUGGUUGGUUCACAGCACCCCGCAGUUCCCACGCUACAAGAACGAGAGCUACACGUGGCCCCACAAUGCCCUGAGCUUUGGACAGAGCUUCCUGUGCGUGUCCUACAGUUACUCCCAGCUCAACGCUAUCGCCAAGCAGCUGUUCUUCAACUACAUCCGGCUGUAUGACCACUUCACCCCUGACUCCUUCCUGAACAACAACCCGGACCUGAUGUCGGUCGUCAAGAACACGCGGCUGGAGACGCCUCCGUGGUCAAACAAGGUCACCCUAUCAUCCUUGGCAGGAACAAAGUUCACCAGCUUUGCCAAGUUCUCAAACUUCCAUGCAGAUCUGUAUGAAGACCUUGUGGCUCCCAGCCUGCAGAGUGACUUGAUGACGGAGACAUGGCAGAACAGUGGCAGCAGGAUGAACUCCAGCUGUGCCGGCAAGUUUAAGGUGUAUAACGUGAAGUCCAUCGUGCUGCCGGAGGGGAUCGUGUUCAAGGAGACCAAGGACCACUCCAAGUGGGCCAUCAGUCAGAACGGGACCAACUGGGUCUGUAUUGGGGACAUCAACAGAGAUCUCAGCCAGGAGAAGCGGGCAGGAGGGACAGUGUGCUUCCAGAACUCCAAAGUGUGGACAAACUUUAACCUGGCUGUCAACAGCAUUGAGUCCUGUCCACUCAAAGGGCAUUGAUAGGCCGGGAGGGCAGAGGGUUACAGGUGUUGAGGGAGACUGAGGGCAUUGAUAGGCCUGGAGGGCAGAGGGUUGACUUCUUUUGUCUUUUAUAUGCAAUGUUUCGGUACAGAUGCAGGCACUUGCGUGAUGAAGGUAUUAGCAUCUGUACAAAAACAAGUUGAAAUUCAGAAGUCAACCUUAAUUUCAUUGACACUUCAGCUUCCAGAUGACACUCCAAGAUAUUAUAGCUAAAAUGGAUAGAAUCAUCAUUAAACCGCAUGUUAUCAGAAAUAAGCAGGCCACUGUAACUUGAUAAUUCCCUCAUAUUGCUUGACAACAGGCCAUUAUCACGCCGAUUGUGAGGUGACGUCAUAGGGAUGGAGAAGGGGACGUCACGUUUAAUAGUCGGGCAGAUAAUGGAAGACCUCAGGUUUCUGUAAUGAUAAUGCCCUGAAAAAUAGCAUUACCCUAAUAGUAGUACAAUACUUGACAAUCUGUUCAGGCACUAUUGAACACAGCUCAAACUUAGUCGUAAUGCCAUCAGCAGUUUUCAGUUCUAGGCUGGGGUCUCUGGUGUGUCUAGCUGCAAUUGCUGUGCAGAGUCGCAUCACUAGGCCUACCAGAAACCUAUGAUGGUGGGUCCGAAUCCAGAUCGGCCCUACUAUGGUUCUAGGUUUGUUCGCACCAUCCACAUGCCAGUGCCACCUGCUGGGCUGCACCGAAGUGACACCCACCCUUCAGUCUUCUACACACCAUGAUAUUCUGGAAAACUGUUGAAGUUGGCGUGAGGCCAAUGGCUAUUAUUAUUAAAAUGUAAAUAAUUUUUUUAAUUAUUUUAUUCAGAAAUAGUUUUAUUCAUUUGUCUGCUGUGAGAGGUGAAGCAGCUUGCUGGACUGGUGAUGGUUUCUGUACUUGUGCGUCAGACAGACGUAAUUCUUAUCUCAGGGUCUGCUGCUGGUGGCUGUACAAUGGCUGUGUACACAGGAAUGGGGAUUUACAGGGUGGACCAUGAACCUCAGAAUCAGGCUAAGGCCAGGAUAAGUUGAAUACUAAAUUUUUGUCUCUUCCCACUUCAUGACCUGUCCCAAUGUUUACAUAUUUACUGAUGAAGAAAAUGGUAUUUUCACUUCUUUCCAUGUUUGAUAAUACCCAUAAGUCCAGGCAAAAUAGAUUUUUACUUGGAACAAAUUGUUUAUUUCACCACAGUGCUUUUCUGAAAGGUCCCCAAAACAACAUACUAAAGUCCCAAGCAAGCCCAGUUUGGGAAAUAUGUCUAAUUUGCAUAAUCCAAUAUGGCCACCAAUUAUCAAUAUAUCUUCGAUGUUUCAGAUGAGGUUCAAUGUUUUGAUAAAAAAAAAGGAUGUGUUGUAUUGCAAAAUAGCCAUAUUGUGUUUCUAAAAUGAUUUUCACAACGAUUGAACCUUUUUGACUAUUGACAAAUCUACAAAAAUUCAAAAUGGCCGACAAAUUUCCUGAAUGCGUUUGGACUGUUGAAUCAUUUAACUCUAUUAACUUAAUUCUGUUUGCAGUUUGUUCCUAGUUUGCCUGGACUACAUCAUCUUCCUGAGUCAAGGGAAUUAACUGACUUUAAAAGUCGAGUUUCCACCCUUGCCGAACUAGGCUGGAAUUCCUGGUCUCACGAGUUAUGUCCCUUCUAUGCCUCUCCCAUGGACCAAUCAAAUUCCACCACUCG